AUGUAUGAUGGCAAUCUAUCCGCGCUCUCGCUCUCCUCAGAAAGUUCCGGCUGGCGAGAGAAGCUGAAUAUGCUCAAACAGCGCAGAGAAGCGAAGCCAGCGCCUGUUUUGCAAUUCAGCGCACCCACGCCAUCUCCAUCGCAGCCCACAUCUAUGCACACUCCAUUGCCGCAGACGCCUCAGACGCCAAGUGACACAGCAAAGGACUACGCGCGAAUCGACGAGGCCAGUCUGAUUGAGUCCUACCAGAAGCCAGGACACACCGCUUCAGCCUCCCGCAACAGCCACAGCAGCCGCCAUAAGGCAGCUACUUCGAGCACCUUUUCCAUGCGCGCGCCGAUCACCUCCAGAGAAUGCCUGCAGAGAGCCACAUUUCUCAAGGAACGCGCGCACGAUUAUCUUCAGGAAUCCAGAGCUCUCCUUGACCGCGCUAGCGUUAUGGCUUAUCAAGAGGCAGAACAUUCUCACGAUAAGGCGCGUAGACGUGAAGAUCAAUUUUCAGACCCUAAUACCGCAGCGAAGGCACAUUUCCACUUUACACUGGAUUGCGAUAGUCCAUAUCGGCAGCAAAUGACAGUUAUUAAAUCAAUAUUCAGCGAUGCAGAUAUCCCCAAGAUUAGCCUCUUCGAUCACAUUUUGCCGCAGGAACAAUCUAAGAACAGCAGUGUGGUCUACGUGGAUGCACAAACAGGGCGCUGCUUAACAAUCUCAGAGCUGCGCAGAGACGCCCUCCGCCUGGCUUAUGGACUAAGGAAGUACCACAACAUCGGCAGAGGAGAUAGCGUGCUUAUCGUAAACCACAACUCAAUUACAUAUCCAGUACUCUUCUUCGCCGUGAUAGCCACUGGCGCAACGGCAUCACUCGCCAAUCCAGCCAACAAGCACCUCGAAAUGUCCCAUCAGAUAAAAGAUAGCGACAUCUCCUUCGUUUUCGCAAAUCCUGACAAAAUAGAGCUAUGCAGUAUCAUACUGAGGGAAAGAGGCUGGUCGGAGAAUAGGGUGAGCGAUAGGGUAGUAUCAGCUACUGAAAACAGCCCUAGAAGUUUCAAAUCAUACGCUCAACUCCUUUGCAACGACCUGCAGAAGGGUGUUCCUGAGACAUUUGCAGGCGAGGAUGCUCACAGUGUUGCCGUCACAUGCUAUAGCAGUGGUACGACAGGUGUAGCAAAAGGAGUGAUGACGACACAUUACAAUCUCGUCGCCAACCUCACACAAUUAGACUGGUCACGCGCGUACAGCACACAGAAAUCAGAUGUUGUCUUGGCUGUCCUCCCUUACUACCACAUCUUUGGGCUCACAUCCCUUCUACUCAACUUCCUCAAGAGGGAGAAUAUGAGUGUAGUCUUGCCCCGCUUCUCCCUUGAAGCUUUCGGUGCUGCUGUCGAGAAAUACAGGGUAACGCUCACGGCGGUUGUACCACCGAUUCUCCACUCGAUCGCGAAAGAAGAUGUGGAAAGGAGGCAUGGCAUGUCCAGUCUGAAAAUUCUCAAUGUGGGCGCUGCGCCUGUCAGCCCCAAGCUGAUAGAGCAGAUUGGGGAAAAAUUCAAUAGCAGCGUGCUCGUCUCGAAUGGCUAUGGUCUCACUGAGACUAGUCCAGUCACGCACAAACUGCCACUAGAAUACGCCAGGUCACAUAGCGGCUAUAUUGGCAGAAUGCUCUCAAACACCACCGCGCGUCUCGUGGAUGAAAAUGGCAAGGAUGUACCUGGAGAUAACAAGUCGAGUGGAGAACUCUGGAUUAAAGGGCCGCAAGUCAUGAGGGGUUAUUUGAAUAACCCCCAAGCUACAGCCCAGUGCAUGACUUCAGACGGAUAUUUCAAGACUGGCGAUAUAGCAAUAUACGAUGAUCAGACGUUCCUCUUCAAGAUAGUAGGCAGACUGAAGGAAAUGAUAAAAUACAAAGGCAUUCAGGUGGCACCGUCAUCUCUAGAAGCGGUGCUUUUAUCUCAUCCUCAAGUGAAUGAUGCGGCUGUUAUAGGCGUUUACGACGACAGACAGGUGACGGAACUUCCCAGAGCCUAUAUCGUGCCUCAGGAUGCAGCCAAUUUCGACAACCAAGUAUUUUGCAAUGAAAUAGAAGCCUGGGUGGCAGACAUAGUUGCAAAUUAUUCCAAAUUGCGCGGAGGCGUGCACACAAUCGACGUCAUCCCUAAAACUCCUUCUGGGAAAAUUGUCAGAAGACAUUUGCACAUGCUUGCCGCUCAGCAGCAUAUAGGACUGGCUAAGCUCUAG